AAACGCCGUGUGAUUUUAUCAUUCUAUUACCAAAAACCCCGCAUAUAUAUAUAUAGAGAAAAAAUAUUUUAACAGCCAGUAAAGUUUAUACAUUUCCUAAAAAGACGGAUAAGAUUUGACUUAAAAAUUAGAUCAUGGAUGUGAGGUUUCUUCUGGCGAUCAUUACGAUGUCCGUUAUGACAUCAUAUUGUUCAGCAUUACUUACGGCGUGUGGGGAUGAUGCAACCUGUGCCGCUAACCAGGCUAACUCAGAAUGUGAUCUGGUAACAGACACGGAUGGUAUGGGAGAUGGUGAAUGUGUAUGUGCAGCUGCAUUCAAGGAUGAUGGGAGCGGUGGCUGUACCGCAAAAGUUUUGGGCGAUACUUGCGCUGCUGACUCGGAUUGUGGAGGAGUGACAAACGCUAAUUGUAACACAAAUGAAUGUGUAUGUGAGGGACAAUACAAAGCAGAUGGGGCGGCUACUUGUGUUUCUAAAGCCCUGGGUGAUUCUUGCACUGAUGAUUCGCAUUGUGGAGGAGUGACAAACGCUAAUUGUAACACAAAUUGUGUAUGUGAGGGACAAUACAAAGAAGAUGGGGCUAAUUGUGUUUCUAAAGGUAGUGUAUUUUAUUAUCAACAUUUUUCAGCACUUUCAUAAACUUUUCGUCAAAAA